AUGCGGACGAUCGACGGCUUUUCCAAACAACAGACGCGACACUCCCCUUCACUUUCCAACCACCUUCCCAGCUCGCUACUUGGGGCAUUUCUUUUCACCACUCGGGACCACAAGGCUGCUAUGAUGUUUACCGAGGACAAUGUAAUUUCAGUUGACAAGAUGGAAACUUCGGAAUCCAUGGAACUUCUUCGAUCGACACUUUACAACCAACAGCUUAUUCAAGACGAACUUGGCGCGAAGGAAUUACUAGAGCGACUCGUUCAUCUUCCGCUUGCUAUCGCACAAUCGGUUGCUUACAUCAAUACCCAGCAGAUAACGAUCAGAAAAUACUUGGAGCUGUACAGGAACAGUGACAAGACCUUGAUCAAUCUACUUAGCAGUCCUUUCAAAGCCCAAAGAAGAUACUCCGAUGUUCAAGACCCCAUUGCAACGACAUGGAUCAUAUCAUUCGAACAAAUAAAACGCCAAGAUCGGCUCGCUGCAAACUAUCUGAAAUUCAUUGCAUGCAUUCAAGAUCACGACAUUCCUGAGAGUAUUCUCCCCCCGAAACGGCACCGGUGUAGGCGGCAUCGCGAAGCCAAUACACUACCUAAGACUCCAGACCUAGGGACAAUGAAAGUCAAGGCCCCACAGACUGUGGAUUCAGGAGAAAAGGUUCCAGAAAUACCAGAAGAAGAGUCGACAGAAAACAAGACUCCUGACAAAAGACAGUCAGCACCCGAUCGCGCAAAAAAAUAUCUUUCCGAGGGCGAGCUUCUAGAAAGAACCGCUGCACUAGGCACCCUUAAAGCCUUCGGAUUUCUCAAAGCACAGGUUGACCAAGACUUGUACGACAUGCAUCCACUGGUCCAUCUGGUUGCCCGAAAUUGGUUACAGGAGAACGGACAUCUUUUAUGGUGGGAGGAUGCAGCUGUCAAACGCUUGAAUAGACUCAUACCGAACGGCAUUAGAGGGCUUCAAGAUAACAGCGCAUGGUUUCCGUUCUAUCCCCACGCAGCCUUCAUUACCACUUCAAUCGAAACAUCCGAUAUUCGUCAGAGGAGAAGAAUGGAACUGCUCGAACGAGUGGGGGAAUGUCAAUUUUAUCGAGGUCAAUACGAAACAGCUCAUAUAAACCAUGCGCAGGUGUUGAACUGGCGUAUGAAAUAUCUAGGAAGAGAACACCCAGAUACACACGCAAGCAUGAAUGAAGUGGUAUUAGCACUGUUACAGUUUGGAUAUUACUCCGAGGCUCAGAGAAUACUCGAUGAAGCAUUACCUCUUUUGAAACAGGUUGCUGGGAUAGACAACCAAAACACUUUGACUUGUAUGGGCAAUCUAGCAGCCGCUUAUGAACGUCAAGGGAGAUAUGAAGAGGCAGAAGAGCUAGAAUCUCAAGUCUUAGAGAUAAGAAAGAGGGUUCUUGGGCCAGAGCAUCCACAAACCUUGACUAGUAUAAAUAACGUAGCAAGUACUUAUAGUGAUCAAGGAAGAUAUAAAGAGGCGGAAGAGCUGCAGGUGCAGUUACUAGACAGAAGAAAAGCCGUGCUUGGCGAAGAACACCCAGGCACCUUGGCUACUAUGAACAAUUUGGCACGCACUUGGAAAGGUCAAGGCCACGGGGGCAAGGCGAUAGCUUUGAUUGAUGAUUGUGGUCGGCUUCGCGAGAAAGUCCUUGGAUCGAAUCAUCCUCAUACAAUGAUAACUCGUCGCUGGCUUGAAUUAUGGCUUGGAGAAUCGUAA